ACAGGUCGUCUUUCACGUACCAGUUUUCAUAUUCGCUCCAGUAUCUUCCCACCUCUCAAGGUGCUCGCCAUCAAUGGAGAGCAGCAGCGGCUUUGGUCCCAAAGUAGCCAUCCCUCGGCUCAAGCGGCCUAAUCAGCAGACUGUUUUUUCGAAGUCUCCCCGUAUUAGUUCCGAGAGAGUCAGUCAGGCAUGCAAUAGAUGCCGCAGGCGCAAACUGAAAUGCUCUGGCACGAGACCGCGCUGCACCAACUGCACGAAGUAUGACGAGGAUUGCAUCUAUCAUCUGCCACGCCGAGACCGGCUAAGAGAGGCCGCUCACAAGAUUGAAGUUCUCUCUACACUGCUCGAGGACAUCCGUAGCGCCCUCGAUGACGAGAAUACAAAGAGAAUUGAUGAUGUACUAAAAGAAUUUGAAGAUGACACGCCUCCACUAUCGCCAUCCGUACACACCAAGUCAUGGAAGAAACGGUUGAGGCAGUUAUCACCUAAGGAAGCGGAUUGCGAUAGGCAGGCAUUUGACAAGGCCCACGUCUUAUCAUCAGUGGGCUCUAACGAGGAUCUUGAUUUCCUAGAGGAAGAUGUCCCAAAGAACCUCAGACCAACCGAGGCGAGCUACAUGGGUCGCAACUCUCAAAUUGCAUGGAUGACGACUUUGCAACGAAAUCCGGAUCAGCAUGGACGCGGGCAGUCCUAGACGCCAUAUGCGGCACCCAGGGACAGCGAGGGGGCUUCCUCCAUACUCUCUGAUGCACCUUAUGAAUGUCAAACUAUGCAAAACGAUAUUUUAAUUCCAAAAUUUACUAUUCUACUAACUAUACCUAAUAAGAAGAGUUAAUAUGAUUUAGCGCGAUUUUGUCAUGAAGAUAGGCUGUAGAGAUGAAGUAGUCAGUAGACU